GUUCUGGUGUACAUGUUAACGUAUGUCUAUAUCAAUUGAUAUUAUCGAUUGAUGAUAAAAAUCCUAAAGUGUCGACUUUGCAUUGGACGUAAACGCAAAAUGAUUUUGAAGUAAACUAACGUCGGGUGUGACGGGGCUACAAAAUGGGAAAAUCAUGGAUAACGCCUUUCAAAAAACAAUGCUUUGUAACCCUGGGGGUGUCGUUGAACCUAUCAUCCCAUGGCCUGACGAUGGGGUUUGCAGCCAUCGUCCUGCCGCAGCUCCGACAGCCAGACUCCGUCAUACCAGUUGAUGAUACCGCAGGAUCUUGGAUUUCUGCAAUCAUAGGCUUCGCAUUGAUAGUGGGUAACUUCAUAAUCCCGACAGUAAUGGCAAAAUAUGGCCGGAAGACUGCAAACGUUUUGAGCAUAAUCACCAUGCUUCUCGGCUGGUUUUGCAUCAUAUUGGCGACCAACAUAAAAGUUUUGCUCAUCGGAAGAUUUCUGAAGGGGUGUGCUAUGGGCAUGACUGCUUCGUUGGGUCCAGUGUUAAUAGGAGAAUAUACUAGCCCAAAAAACAGAGGAGCCUUCUUGACCACGAUAUCUCUCUCAAUUGCCACAGGAGUUGUUUUCGUCCACACCUUGGGAGCGUUUUUCCAUUGGCAAAUAGCCGCAUUGGUCUGCGCUUUUCUAAUGUUCAUAGAUCUACUGAUAGUCUUGUAUUCGCCAGAGACGCCGACGUGGUUGUCAGACCAAGGCCGCUAUGCGGAAAGCGAGAAAGUAUUCAGGUGGCUCCGAGGCGACACCGAAGACGAAGAAUUGAAGAGAAUGCUUGAAACUAGUAUGAUCGUAAGAGAAGCGAAGGCCGAGGUCAUAGUAGAGGACACUUUCUCUAAGCGCAUGAAGGCAAACCUCGCUUUCUUCAACGCUACUAUACGCAAAAGGGAAUUCUACAAACCCAUCUUUAUCAUGAUCCAUAUUUAUACAUUGAGUCAAUGGUCUGGAGCAAAUAUAUUAGCAGCUUACACUAUCGAUUUGUUUACAAACGUAAUCGGCACUGAAGUUCAUAUCUAUUUGAUGGUAAUCACGUUAGGAACUCAAAGAAUUAUAUCGAACGGGAUAGCUGUAUAUAUAAUUAAGAAAGUGAAGCGUAGGACCAUGUUGAUGGCGACUGUUGGAAUAAAUUUGUUUGCAUACUUGGCAAUAGCCGCGUACAGCUAUCUAAAAGCGCAUCAAAUGCUUCCUUAUGACCAUCCUUUUAUAGGAAUCUUUUUAAUUCACAUCCACAUGGUAUCAAUAGCCACGGGAACUGUUCCUUUGCCAUUUAUUAUUGCUGGUGAAGUAUUCCCCUUGGAUUACAGAAGUCUAGCGGGUAGCAUCAGCGUUUUCUUCCUUUCCGGAAACUUUUUUAUAAUUUUGAAGACUGUGCCAUAUUUAUUUAAGACGAUCGGAGUGCAUGGAGCCUAUGUUAUUUAUGCAGCUGUAGUGGCGUAUUGCGUUGUCAUAGCAUAUUUCUUCUUGCCUGAAACGAAGGAUAGGACUUUGCAAGAAAUUGAAGACGAAUUUAGGGGAAGACCACUUUCUCCUGAAGAAGUGAAAUCCACUCAGUCUUUGACGUCUGUGAAACAUAAUCAAGACAGGCGAUGCAGUAGCCCUGUAAUAUAAGAUUUAUUAGUUAAAAGUAGGUAUAUAAUAAUUUGAUAUUGAUGAUUAAGUUUAAAGUGAA